AUGUGGAGCUUGCUGAUCGCCUGCUCAUUCGUUGCUGUUGCCGUUGUUAUUGCCUCGUAUGACGAGCGGCGUCUGUAUGAGGAUCUCAUGAGGGACUACAACAGUCUCGAACGGCCAGUGGCCAACCAUUCAAAGCCAGUUACCGUAUAUUUGAAGGUUUCUCUUCAACAAAUCAUCGAUGUCGACGAGAAAAAUCAAAUAGUUUACGUGAACGCUUGGCUUGACUACACAUGGAAGGAUUACAAACUUGUAUGGGAUGUCAGCGAAUAUGGGAACAUAACGGACGUACGAUUUCCUGCUGGUAGGAUUUGGAAGCCGGACGUGCUGCUCUACAACAGCGUCGACACGAACUUUGAUUCAACCUAUCCUACAAACAUGGUCGUGUACAGUACUGGUGAUGUACAUUGGGUACCACCGGGUAUCUUCAAGAUUUCCUGUAAAAUUGACAUCGAGUGGUUUCCUUUUGAUGAGCAACGCUGCAAAUUCAAGUUUGGUUCUUGGACUUACGACGGAUUCAAACUUGAUCUACAGCCUGCCAAGAAAGGAUUCGACAUCUCUGAGUACUUGCCGAACGGGGAGUGGACAUUACCUUUGACUACUGUCUCACGGAACGUGAAGUUUUACGAUUGCUGUCCCGAACCAUAUCCGGAUCUGACAUUCUACUUGCAUAUGCGGAGGCGCACUCUCUACUACGGAUUCAACCUCAUCAUGCCAUGUAUUCUUACAACACUCAUGACCUUGCUUGGUUUCACUUUACCACCUGAUGCUGGAGAGAAAAUCACUUUGCAGAUCACUGUAUUGCUUUCCAUUUGUUUCUUCUUGAGUAUCGUUUCCGAGAUGUCACCUCCAACGUCGGAAGCUGUUCCACUUCUAGGAAUAUUCUUCACAUGCUGCAUGAUUGUUGUGACUGCAUCUACAGUAUUCACGGUCUACGUACUCAAUCUUCACUAUAGAACGCCGGAAACUCACGAAAUGACUCCAGUGAUGCGUUCGGUACUCCUGUAUUGGUUGCCAUGGAUGCUGCGCAUGAAACGACCAGGUGUCAAGCUCACUUACGCAACACUUCCGUCUCUGUUCAACUUGAAACUCAAGAGUCAUUCGGAGUCUCUGAUCAGAAACAUCAAGGAGAAUGAGUCCAGCACCUCUAGGUAA